AUGGUAAUCGAGAGAGGCAUUCAUAGAUUGGUUAGGCUAUGGCUGGGAACCUAUGACACCGUCGAGGAGGCCGCCAUGGUCUACGACGCCGCAAUCAAGCUACGCGGCCCCAACGUUCUCACAAGCUUCACCGCGCUGCCUCCGGAGAGUAAUGAGGCGUCGGUUUCAGGCUAUGAUUCCACUGACGAGUCUUCUCAUAUUGCUUCCUCUCCUGUUACGGUUCUCCGGUUCAAUACCACUGAACCGGUCGAUUUAAUCAGCCAAUGUAGUGAGUUUACUGAACCCGGUCAGACCGGCCCAGUGUGUGUGAAAGAAGAGACUAGUUUUGGUACUAGCACUGAACCGGCCGGUCUAAAAAUUGACUAUACUGAACCCGAUCCGACCGGGCCGGUUCUGGAGUAUGUGAAUGAAGAGACUAGUUUUGACUCAGUUGGAUUCAAGGGUGUGUUUAUUGGCCGGUCGAGAUGUGAGGCAAGCCCGAUUCAUAACUAUAAUAUGGAGGUGUGUGAAGCAGAAACGAGUAUAGUGCCCGAUUACUCGAGCGAUUAUUUGCCAACGGACAUUCCGGUUUUCGACGAUUUCUUCGACUUUGAGCCGCAAGUAGAGCAUUUGUUAAAGAAUGGAAUGAGUUUUUGCGGCGAUUACUAUAAGGAUUCGUUUCUAGAACUUGGCUCACUCAUGUGGAGGAUUAUUUUGAAGACAUGA